GGGCUUAAAUUUGAGACUGAAAAGGUGAUUUCGACGAAGCAUUACGGAUUUUGCCGUUCGAUAAGUUGCAAUGGGGUUGUGUACAUUCCUUUCUACGAAGUAGGUGGUCAUUUUUUUGAUGUUUUAACAAUUGACAAAAUUUUAAAACUAAACCUUGAUUUUAUGGUAAUGUAUUUGUUGAAUGCAUUUUUAUUUCAAAUUUUUUUUAGAGCUGGAGGCUGCGCGUCGCUUUGUUUUUCCCCAUGUGGAAAAUUUAUGGCUUCAAGUUACUGGGAUGGAACAAUUCGUAUACACUCAGUGAAGUCGUCGAAAGUUUUAGCAGUUAUUGAUUUUCACAAAAAUACAGUCGAUUAUUUAGACUGGCACAUUGUAAACGGCGAGAAGUUGUUGUUUGCGAAUUGCAAGGAUGGAUCUUUGUCGAUAUGGAACCUUCUGAAGUGUUGA